CUUUGAUAAUAAUAGGUAUUUGUUGAAACAGUUUACAGACUUGUUUGCAAUGGGUUGUUAAAGGAAUUUAAUAUGAUUUUACGACAUGGAUUCGUCUUGUGAUUCGUAAAUACUAUUACUCGUAGGUGCAAACCUGUGAUUCACAAUUUUUGUUAAAAGUGGUAUGGCGCUUAGCGGCUUCAUGGAAUUUUUUCAAAAAGGAAAGACAUUCCGGCCGAACAAGAAGUUCAACCCUGGAACUCUCAGGUACUCCCUCCACAAGCAGGCCCAAGCAUCGCUUAAUUCAGGAAUUAACUUGCGGUCAGUCGUUCAGCUUCCAGAGGGUGAAGAAAACAAUGACUGGAUUGCUGUACAUGUUGUUGACUUCUUCAACCGUAUAAACCUUAUUUAUGGAACGGUGAGUGACUACUGCACCAAUAUUUCCUGUCCGACGAUGUCUGGUGGGCCGAGGUUCGAGUACCUGUGGGCUGAUGGGGUUAAGUACAAGAAACCUACUCAGCUUACUGCACCGCAAUACAUAGCCAAUCUUAUCGACUGGGUUGAGAACCAAAUCAAUAAUGAAGCUCUAUUCCCAGUUUCGACUGAUAUACCAUUCCCGAAAACGUUUUUACCAUUGUGCCGAAAAAUCCUUGCAAGACUGUUCAGAGUAUUUGUGCAUGUCUACAUACACCAUUUCGACAGAAUCGUGGCCAUUGGAGCUGAACCACAUGUGAACACCUGCUAUAAACACUUUUACUACUUCGUGAGGGAGUUCGACCUGGUGAGCCCUAAGGAACUGGAACCGCUGAAAGAGAUGACGCUCAGGAUAUGCCGUGAUGCAUCGCCGCCGCCCGCUCACUAGCCGAUCAACACUCAUAACACUUCUCUUUCAAAAAUGUUAUAUUUUGAAAUAGCACAACCGAGUGCGUCGCAUUAAGUUAUAACUGAGCUAGUCCUUAUUUAAUAUUUAUUUUGAAAGAGGCCAGAUUGUUAUUUAUUUAUUUUUUAGAUUUAAUAUAGUGAAACAAUUACCAUUUGUGAUAUGCUUAGAAUUUCUUUUUAAAGUAUUAUUUUAAACCCAUUAGACUUUGGGACG